GGUCACUAAAAAGAAAGAGAAGGGCGGAGCGAAAAAAAAAAAAGGGGAAAGCAAGCUCGGUGCUUCAAUCCCUGGUUUCGUAUCCUCUUUCCUCCUCUCUUUCUGGUGUUAUAGAGAGGGAGGGAGAUCGAGGGUUUCCAGGGUUUGAUCUUUGAUUUCUUUCUUGAUCCGAAGGCGACGUCGGUCUCGGAGAUGGCAGCGAUCCCUAGAGUUCCUUUUGGUUUGAUGGCCGUCGCGGCUCUCAUCUUCGGCAUUGUCUUGCCGGCCGUCCAGGCCCAGGCUCCGGCCCCGGCGCCGACCAGCGAUGGGACAUCGAUUGACCAAGGAAUUGCCUACGUGCUGAUGCUAUUGGCCCUAGUUCUCACCUAUCUCAUCCACCCCUUGGAUGCUUCACCCCCCUACAAGCUUUUCUGAGGUCACUCAUGGACUGAAUUGAUGGUUUUAUUAGGGAAGGGAGCGGGCAUGGUUGAACUGGUUGUUCAUUUUGUUUGAAUCUGUUGUGGUUUGGGAUUUGGACCUCUGGUUGUAUUAUUUUUACUAUCCUUGGUUUUGAUCGGAUUCUUUUUUCUUGCAUGUCUCCAUCCAGAUUCCUUCAUUCUCCUCUAUAUCAACCAACAGCCCUGUAAAUGCAACAGAAAUCAUGUGUGCUCGCAUCUUUAAUUGCUAAUGUCUCAUGGUUCGGUCGCUGCUUGUGGGUUGA